AUGGUUGUUCUUGGCCGGCUUUGUGGUCUCGCUGCUCUUGCAGUGGUGACGGUUGCUGCUCCUUCUCGUCUUGUUCCUCGGGAUGUGUCGACCGAUGUGCUUAAUCAAUUGACCCGAUUCUCUCAAUGGGCUGCGGCGUCAUACUGCACGAACAAUCAUGACUCAACCGGGGAUGCGUUAUCUUGCGAGGAAGACAACUGUCCAUUGGUGGAGUCCGCUGACACAAUUACUCUAUACGAGUUUGAUAAGACCUGCAGCUAUGGCAACGUUGCCGGCUUCCUCGCGGUCGACAAAACAAACAAGCUACUCGUCGUCUCUUUCCGGGGUAGCCGCUCAGUAAGCACUUGGAUUGCGAACAUCAACUUCGGCUUGACCGAUGCCAGCAGUAUCUGCAGCGACUGCGAAGCCCACAGCGGGUUCUUGGAGUCCUGGGAGACUGUCGCAGAUGAUCUGACAGCCAAGAUCAAGGCCGCACAGACAACAUACCCGGGCUACACUCUUGUCCUGACCGGCCACAGCUUCGGCGCAGCUCUUGCCACGUUGGGAGGUAGUGUGCUUCGGAAUGCGGGAUAUGAACCAAAUGUGUAUUCCUAUGGCCAACCACGUGUGGGCAAUGAGGCUCUGGCUAAAUACAUCACGGAGCAAGGCAGUCUCUGGCGAGUGACGCAUCAAGAUGACUUGGUGCCUAAGUUGCCACCUGCAAGUGUUGGCUUUAGUCACGCAAGUCCCGAGUACUGGAUUACUAGUGACGACGAUACAACGGUGACCUCGUCUGAUAUUGAUGUCAUUGAGGGCGUGGGCUCGAAGUCUGGAAAUGCGGGGACGUUGAACCCGGAUGUUGGGGCACAUAGCUGGUACUUGGGACCUAUUACUGCAUGUCAAUAG